AUGCCUCUAAUAGUGUUAAAAGCCAAGGCAUUUGCCGUUGGUCAGCAAUAUGCUCGCAUUUCUACGAGUAGAGCAGCUCUUGCCGACAAGACGGUGAAAAUGUGGAUAGAUGGUCGUCCUGUCGAAUCAAAGACCAAUGACUGGAUCGAACUGACCAACCCCGCUACAAAUGAAGUCAUUGCUCGAGUUCCCAAAUGCACACAGUCUGAAAUGGCGACAGCUGUUGAAUCGUGUAAGAAGGCAUUCAGCACGUGGAAGAAUACUUCUCCUUUGACGCGUCAGCAGACUCUGUUCCGUCUUCAAGCUCUCAUCAAGCGUGAUAUCAAGAAGCUUGCCGACAACAUCACCCAAGAGCAAGGAAAGACACUGCCCGAUGCUGAGGGAGAUGUUAACAGAGGGCUUCAGGUUGUUGAACAUGCGUGCUCAGUGCCAUCACUUAUGCUUGGAGAAACCCUUCCAAAUGUAUCACGCGAUAUGGAUACAUUCUCAUUCCGCGUUCCAUUGGGAGUCACUGCUGGUAUUUGCCCAUUCAACUUUCCGGCUAUGAUCCCUCUGUGGAUGUUCCCCCUGGCGAUCGCCACUGGAAACACUAUGGUGAUCAAGCCAUCGGAACAAGAUCCUGGAGCCUGCAUGAUGCUGGUCGAGCUAGCUAAGGAAGCUGGGGUUCCCGAUGGGUGCGUCAACGUGAUUCAUGGUCAACACGACACUGUGAACUUUAUUUGCGAUCAUCCCGAUAUUCAAGCAAUCUCUUUCGUUGGAGCUGAUCAAGCAGGCAAACACAUCUAUGAACGUGGAGCUCGCAAUGGCAAGCGUGUUCAGUCGAACAUGGGAGCCAAAAAUCAUGGAGUGAUUAUGCCUGAUUGCAACAAGGAGCAAACUCUCAAUCAGUUGACAGCUGCUGCAUUUGGAGCAGCAGGACAGCGUUGUAUGGCACUUACGACGGCCAUCCUGGUCGGAGAGGCUCGUUCUUGGUUGCCCGAGAUUGUUGAGAAAGCCAAGAAACUCCACGUUAAUGCCGGCUGGAAACCAGAAACCGACAUUGGCCCAUUAAUAUCGAAGGCUGCAAAGCAGCGCGUCGUAGGUCUCAUCCAAGGAGCAAAGAAGGAGGGCGCCAAUGUCAUGCUUGAUGGAAGCAACAUAGUUGUUCCUGGAUUUGAGAACGGCAACUUCGUUGGGGCAUCGGUCAUUGCAGGCGUGAAGCCAAACAUGACCUGCUAUAAGGAGGAGAUCUUCGGACCAGUUCUAGUUGUCAUGGAGGCCGAAAACCUGGACGAUGCUAUCGAUAUUAUCAAUCGCAACCCAUAUGGAAACGGAACCGCCAUUUUCACGUUAAACGGCGCUACCGCCAGGAAGUUCAUGAAUGAGGUGGAUUGCGGCCAGAUUGGUGUGAACGUACCUAUUCCUGUCCCUCUACCUAUGUUCUCUUUCACUGGAUCUCGUGGUUCAUUUAGAGGAGACAUGAAUUUCUAUGGAAAAGCCGGAAUCAAUUUCUACACGCAAUGGAAAACCAUCACGCAGUACUGGAACGAGAGUCUCACAGAGUUGAAGCCCCAAAUGUCUUUCCCUCAAUUAAAGUAG